UCGUUGGGCUCUUCUUUUAAUCAAAGGAAGGAAAACCGAAUUAAUAUGAGAUUUGCCUGGUGCUGGUGCUAUCUGAAUCCGACGAGAAAGAGGGAGGAAGAAAUCGAGAAUUGGAACCAACGGAGAUGACCAAAAUCGUUUUUUACCCCUUUUAAAUGCUUCAUGAACUAAAAUAAAAUCCAUUUUGAUAUAAUCGUAUAAAUGUAAAAGAAAGGUCGACUCUAGCUUCGUUAAUGGCGUUCGAAGUUCCAACUUCUCUGAUGCGCGAAUUGCAAAUUGCACUCCGUAAAGAGGCUGGCCUCUGUUCUUACGAUCCCGACGAUCCAUCGCCUCCCGAAUUGCCUUCCAUCGAAGAACUGAUGGCUGAGUUGGAUCCCGCACCUCCUAAUGUUCGAUGCAAGGAAUGCCGUGGAAGACUUCUUAGAGAUAUUCAAUCAAUGGUUUGUAUCUUCUGUGGUGCUCAACAGAGAAGAGACGUACUCCCUGAGCCCAUCUCCUUCAAAGAUACCUUCACUUGUCGGUGGUUACUCGAAUCACUGGACUUGGAUGGAUCUGUGGCAAUAAUGGAACCAAUCAACAAUGCCGUUUUCUGAGGAAACGGCGCACCAUUGCAUUUGGAGAAAUGGCAAUGCAACCAAAUAAACCCUUUGUUUUCCCUCCGUUUUAUCUCAAAAGCAUGCAACUUCUUCUCAAUCUCUACCCUAAAGGCUGGAAGAUUGACGAAGAAAGAAUGUCUGCUGUGUCUCCACAACUGCAAGUCAAUGAAAGAGCUGAAAUCCUGAAACAAAGUCAAUCCCAGAUCUUCAGAGUUGGUCUUCUUCAAAACAGGGAUGCGUUGAACAAGCUCAUGGUAUUCUAUACAAACCCAAAUUCUGGAAAUUUACAGUAUGCGGAGGUCAUUGAUUUAGCUACUGGAGAUAAGAAUUCAACUAAAGGGCAGAAAGCACCAAAAGACGAGUUGCUUUUGUUCAACUUGUUAGAUAUUAAACUUAAUUGGCCUUCUGAACUUCAGAAAAUUGAAAGUAGCCUUACAGGAAAGGAACCAAGGCAAGCUAAAGACUUUUUGGACUUGGAUGAAGUGGACCUAGAUAAAUUAUAUUCUGCAGCAAAGAAUGAGACUGCUGCUAGUAGAUCAGAGGAACAAUUAUUAGUCAACAAGAUAGAAAGCACAGAAGGUCAGGAAUUUAUUGGCCAGGGAAGUCUUGAUUUGAUCGAGAGUGUUGAGCCUUCCAGCAUGCCAGUGGGAUCAGGCAUUUCUGAAGAUGACACAGGAUACCCCUUUUCUGGUGCAUCAGGCCAUAGAAAAGGUUCUUUGCAUGCCAAUAGUGUGCAGUUAGAAGAUUCCAUUUCUGAUGGGUGUGGACAGUCAAACUGAGAAGGAUGCCAAUGAAUCAGCGCCAAUGGUGAUAAUGUCAAUGCAAGAAUGCAGUCAAAGACAAACUGACUCCAAUUUAGAGAUGUUGAUGUCACAAAUGCAUGACAUCUCCUUCAUGCUUGGGAGCAGCCUUUCAAUGUAUAAAAAGGUUGAUGGUUUUGAUUCAGUUUUGUGUGAUUAAACUCCGUUAUCUAUUUUUAACAGUUCUUAUGCAAUUUAUACAGUCAUCUAUAAAGGCAUCACCAUCUGUGAUUGAAUGGCAAUACAAGGUAGAUCCCUGGUUCCACUGUUACUGAUUUCUGGGUCAUGUUAGAAAAUAUGGUAAGAAUCAGGAAAGGUAGGCAGUAGGCCUGUCCUAGGCCGGUCUUUUUCGUUUUGUGGGAGAUGGGAGCCUGAGUUAGUGUUGUGGUUUGGCAGGGGCUACUAGCGUAUACACCUUGUAUACCUUUUUUUUCUGUUUUUUCAAUCAAGCACGCCUCACCCUUUUCAAAAAAAAAAGUUUAUAUACCCCUUCUGGACAGUGAAUUACUAUUGAUGAUUUCCAAAUGAUCAAAGAGUCUGUAGAAUUCCAGAGUGGGACUACUCGAAGUGUCAUUUUAUUCUGAAGUAGAUGAAUAUGGUUGUUAGAAAUUUUGAUAGUGGGAAUGGCAGGCCCACCGUCAUGUAUGAACCUCCUGGAUAGUGAAUCGUUAUCUAAUGUUUCUACAGAGAAUUGAAUUUCGGAACUUUAGUGAUACAGGGCAAUCAGGGUAGGAAACGGUUGUACAUUACCAAGAACAAUGCUAGCCAUACUGAAUGCCGUCUACACCGUAUAUCUGGUAAAUCAUGUACAUUGUCGUUUUAAUUUUUCAAGAAUAGCCCUAACAAUGUAGUUGAUCUAUGAACCAUGAUGAUGUUUAAAGCACCUGCAUUCAACAUCGAUUGUUUCAACAUUCGAAAGCCUAACUGUAUUUUG